GUUCAAGUCGUCUGAAAACCGCAGGGGUUUGUCCGAGGCUGUGAGAGGCCAGCAUUGCGUCCUAGCUGGAGAGCUGCCCAAAAGGAUGUGAUGUCAGAAUGGAGGCUUUGCUAGAAAGAAUGCAAAGGCAAGGACAAGGCAGUGGCUUCCUGACUUCAUGUGAGGCUGAACUACAGGAGCUGAUGAAGCAGAUAGACAUUAUGGUGGCUCAUAAGAGAGCUGAAUGGGAAAGGAAAACACAAGCACUUGAGUCUUGCCUGGACAUCCGAGAGCAGGAGCUAUCCUCUCUUCGGAAUCUGUUGGAUGUGAAGCACAAAGAGAUUGAGAGAUUGUGCCAAAAACUGGAAGAAAGGGAACAGCUCAGUCAGGAUAUGACUAUGGAAUAUGAACAACAGUUAAAGAAAGUUCAGGAAGAGCUCAUCAGACUGAAAAGAAGUUAUGAGAAACUGCAGAAGAAACAGCUGAAAGAAGCUAGACAAGCUUCCAAAAGUCAUGGGGAGGACUUUGAGAAGUCUGAAGUAGGCAUCCUGACCAGGAAAUUAGAGGAGUUCCGCCAAAAAUCUCUAGAUUGGGAGAAACAGCGUUUGCAUUACCAGCAGCAAGUGGCAUCGCUGGAAACGCAGAGGAAGGCUUUGGCUGAGCAGUCCGAGCUCAUUCAGUCUCAGCUUUGCAAUCGGAAACAAAUGUUUGAAUCUGUAGAGCUGGCAAGCCAGUCUGAAAUCCAGCAUUUAAAGAGUAAGCUGGAAAGAGCCAAUGACACUAUCUGUGCUAAUGAAUUGGAAAUAGAGAGGUUGAAUAUGAGAGUGGAUGAUUUGAAUGAUGUCAACCGGAAGAUACUGGAGGAACAACAAAGACUUCAAGAUGAGAUGAGACUUUCCCAGAACUCACUGGAGGUUUUACAUGAGGAGAAGAUGGAACUUAGGGCCACACUUCUGUCUCAGGAGGACUUUGUCAACACCUUUAAGAUUCAACAUGAGCAGUUGCAGGAGGAGAUAUCCAGGCUGACUGAAACCUUGCACAACAAAGAAGCUGUCAUCAGUCUAGGAUCCCCAAAUGCAAAGUGUACCCAGCUGAAUGAAGAGUUGACUGAGAAGUUGCUGUUAAAGGAGCAGUUGUCCCACAUGGAGCAAAGUCACAGUGGUGAGUUGGAAGGAAUGAAGCAGGAGGUCUCCCAGCUAACAUGGGAGUUACAUCAGCGCGACAUCACGAUUGCCUCAGCUAAUGGUUCUUCCUUGAACUUGGAUCAGCAGCUACGACUGGAGAUUGAAAAAGCAGAGCGAAAGGCAGUGGAGCACAGGGCUGUCCUGUCUCAGCUGGAAGCUCUCAGACAAGAAAAUCACCAUCUCUCAGAAAUGCUGCAGAAGGUGAAAAUCACAGCUGUGACAGAACUCCAGGAAAGUCAUGCCAAGGCCCUAAAUAGAGUGGAGGCUGAGAACCAGCAACUGCAAAAGGAACUAGCAGAAACUCGAGCCAAACUGGAAGCUUCCUCUCAGGUCUCCCAGGAGAAAUAUGAGAGUAUUUUGCAACAUUUGCAGCAACAAGUGACUGAGAUCAAGAAUACAGAGGCCAGGAGAGUGGAGAAGCUUCAGUGCAAGCAUGAAGAAGAAAUGAGAGCCCUUCGGGUUAAGUUUGACUCAACUGUUCAGCGCUAUGAAGAAGAAAUCCAGAAAGUGGAGUGUUCAUCAUCUAGAAGGGUCCCAGCUGCAUUAUCCCCUAAGGUCAGUAGGGGCACAUCAACUGAAGCCUUGUCCUACGACCAUCACCUGGGGUCAGAUUCAUUGCAACUUGGAAAUAAGAAACUUACUGAUGAUAUGCUGGAAAAGUGUGACAUCAGUCAUGAAAGGGAACUUCUGUCUUUGAGCCCUCUGCCUACUGCAAACAUUGGUGUGAUUGCUACGAAGUUCCUGGAAGAAGAGGAAGUACGAUCUCAGUAUAUCUUGGAAUGUUUAGAUGUGCAUAUUGAGGAGUUGAAAAGGGAGAGUGAAAAGACAGUGCAACAGUACACACAGCAGCAGUGACAAUGGACUGGUGAGAGCCGGCUUAAUGUGAGACACGUCCAGCAGUGAAUAGAGGUGUCUGUGGUCCAUGCAGCUGUUAUUGGGCUGUUCAGCUGUGUUAAAACCUAGAAAAUGAGUUUUAUCUGAAGCAAAACUCCUUGUCUGAUCACAGUACCUGAACUAUUGCAAAAAACAUUCUACCUGCCAUAUUGGUUUGUGUUGCCCUGGAGCAUACAGUGAUACAAAAACAAUAUAUGGCUUCCUGAAGGAGGGAGUUGUAUAGCAGACUGUGGAAAGAACUUAACAUAAUUUUAUGUAUAUAUGUGAAGAAAUAUUAGGGUGUUUCUCAUUUUAUUGUUAUAUAAAUAAAGACCAUCACAAUGGCUGCUUAGAGUAUCAGGUAACAAUCUGUUUUCAUGAGCGUUUGCUACAUGUUAUGAAACUGAGUAACCAUGUAAAAGACCUGCAGUUUUGGUUCUUGUUCUCCUAUGGUGUUGGUAAAAAACAUUUCCUGUGUCUCGUUGCUG